AUGUCUUUCCAGCAGGUACCUGUUCGCAGUGUCGAAAUCACGUCGACCUUUUGGUCGCAGAUGCAACGCUGCUCCAGGGAAAAGACCAUCCCGGCUAUCAUCAAGGCCCAGAAGUCCUUGGGGCAUUGGUAUUGCCUGACAUGGAAAGAAGGCCACGAGAUCCAACCCCAUCCAUUUUGGGAUAGUGAUAUAUACAAGAUCGUCGAAGCCGCGUGCUACUUUCUCAUGAAGAACAUGGAUGAAGAGCUGAUGGCUACCGUGGAGGAAGCGGUAGACAUGAUCCGGGCAGCUCAACACCCGGACGGAUAUAUCAAUUCCUAUUAUACCGUGCUGGGUAUCGAUAAGCGAUGGACGAAUCUCCGGGAUAUGCACGAGCUAUACUGUCUGGGCCAUCUUACAGAGGCUUGCGUUGCAUACGAGACCCUCACCAAUAGCGGAAGAUUGUUGGAGCCGGUAUUAAAAGCACUCCGGCAUGUAGACUCUGUCUUUGGCUCUGAACCGGGAUCGAAGAGGGGAUACCCAGGGCACCAGGAGAUUGAGAUCGGUCUUUUAAGACUAUAUGAACUAUGCGAGGAGCCCGUUCUCCUGAAACUCGCCAAAUACCUCAUCAGCGAGCGAGGGCAGAGGGAUGCCAAUGGCGAGACGUACUUCGACCACGAGGCUAAAUCCCGCGGCGGGGAUCCGUAUGACCAUUUUGGUGGCGAGAUGAAGGCCUGGUUCGAGCAUCCGCGAGACUAUAGCUACAACCAGGCUGACCGGCCCCUCGUAGGGGCUACUGAGGUCAAGGGUCAUGCAGUGCGUGCCAUGUACUACUAUAUUGCAGCAACCGACCUGGUUCGUCUUACAGGCGACAGCGAGGUAAAAGCGGCACUCGACCGGAUGUGGACCGACAUGACAGAAAGGAAACUGUACAUCACAGGUGGUAUUGGAGCCAUGCGCCAGUGGGAAGGGUUCGGUGCGAAGUACGUGCUCGGGGAUACUGAAGAGUCAGGGACAUGUUACGCCGAGACCUGUGCGUCUUUCGCAUUAAUCCUCUGGUGUCAAAGAAUGCUUCAGCUGGAUUUGAAUGUCAAGUACGCUGACGUGAUGGAAAUCGCGUUAUAUAAUGGCUUUCUUGGGGCUGUUGGCCUGGAUGGUGGUUCAUUUUAUUAUCAGAACCCCUUACGAACAUAUACCGGGCACCCAAAGCAAAGGAGUGAAUGGUUUGAAGUGGCCUGCUGCCCACCAAAUGUCGCCAAGCUGCUGGGCUCGAUGGGCUCUCUCAUAUACUCGUUCAAGGACAAUGUCGUCGCUAUUCACUUGUACAUCGAAAGCGAGUUCACAGUUCCCGGAACGAACGUGGUUGUUUCCCAAAAAACGAACAUGCCCUGGUCGGGCGGCGUCCACAUAAAGGUACAAGGUACAGUGGCUCUCGCGCUGCGCAUCCCAACCUGGGCAGAUGGCUAUACGAGCUCCGUGGAAGGGGAAAUCAAGGACGGUUACCUUUGUAUUCCUGAAACGCAGGACGCGGAGGUGGACCUUUCUUUCACACUCAAAGCACGCAAGGUAUACCCUAAUCCCGCAACCGAGAAAGAUCAGGUUUGCAUUAUGCGUGGUCCGUUGGUAUACUGCAUCGAAGAUGUGGACAACGAUGUGGACGUCGACCAUGUUGGCUUGGUAGACGACGUUGUCAGCGACGGCAACCCGAUCGAUAUUGCGGCAGUAAGGGGUGUGAUUCCAGUCAAAGCUACCGGGAGGGAAUUGGUCGAGGGACAGACCAGUCUGUACGCCUCUGAGCCUUGGAAGUAUGGGAAAGAGAGGAGCCUUCUUUAUGUCCCAUACUUCCUGCGGGCCAAUCGGGGAGGAAAGGGUGGCAUGACGGUAUGGGCGAGACGGUUAGGCCUUUAUGAAUAA